GGCUGGCCCGGUCCCGUGCAGGGUACGUCUACGGCGGAGGGAUGAGUGUACAGGAGAUGGAGGUCUCGCUAGGAGAGCUGAGCCGCACCGGAGAGAUUCGGGCCGGGGAAAAGAAAGAGCUCAUGGCCCUCAACACUCGCCUGGCCAGCUUCCUCAGCAAGGUCCGCAUGCUGGAAGAGCAGAACCGCAUGCUCCAGGCUCAGUGCGACUCGUCAGCGGGUGGCGGCGGAGCUGGGAUGGUCUCGGAGCUGCCGGACAUGUGGGAGCGGGAGAUGCAGGCUCUCCGGCAGCAGCUCGAGGCACUGGCCACCGAGAAGUCCCGUCUGGACAUCCAGGUGGACAACUACGAGGGGGAGAUCAACCAGCUCAACAACAGGCUGGACAAUGCUGACCAGAUCAUCAACGACCUAGAAGUGGAACUGAAGACCACUCGGAAGGAACUGGACGAUGCCUCUCUCGUCAGGCUUGACCUGGAGAGUAAGUUGGAGAUCGCCAAGUCUGAGAUCACCUUCCUUAACGAGUUCCACGAGCAGCAAAUCCGGGAGCUGCAGGAGCAGCUGGCGCAGCUGCGGAAUGUUGGAGCAGGUGGCGGCGGCAAGGGCGGGCAGCUGGCCAUCGCUGGCGGAGGCGGCGGAGGAGGCUUCGACUACGCGGACCUGCUGGAGACCAUGCGGGAAGAGUACGAGGCUCUGAUGGCCAAGAACAAGGCCGACGCCGAGAGAUAUGCUCAGAGCCAGAUCCAGGAGGUGAAGAAGGGUGCAGGAGAGACCAACGCUGCACUAGACAUGUCCAAGCAGGAGUUGAAUGAGUACCGUUCCAAGUGUCGCAGUCUGGAAAUGCAGAUCGAACAGCUGAAGGCUAGGAUUGCCAUGUUGGAGAAGCAGGCGGUUGAGGUGGAGGAGCGACACGAACGCGAGAUCGCUACCAAGGACGAGAGGAUCGCCUCCUUCGAGGCCGUCAUCAACGACAUGAAGGCCAAGCUGAGCGCCAGCCUGAAGGAGUACCAGGAGCUGAUGACCGUCAAGCUGGCCCUCGACAUGGAAAUCUCCGCCUACCGCAAGCUGCUGGACGGAAUUGGUGACUUUGACAUCGCGGGUGGAGAAUUCUCCUCUACCUCUAUGUCAACGUCGCAAACAACGUCUUCGGCAGGAGGAUUUGGUGGUAAAGGGGGUGCCGGUGGCGCCGGAGGUGGUGCCGGAGCCGGUUUCGGCGGCGGUGCCGGAAGUGGUGCCGGUGUGUCGGUUUCCUCGAGCUCCUCGGUCGCUGUUGGUGCCUCCCGUGGUGCCACUAGUGCCGCAAGUGUGUCUGGUGGAGGCGCGAGCUCAAAGGAGUUGGACGACUUGAGGGCUAAGCUGAAGGCGAUGGAAGCGGAGAAAUCCAAGAUGGCGGGUGAGCUGAAGAGCGCGCAACAACAGAUCAAGAGAAAGAGCUCGGCUGCAGCCGCGAGCUCUCAGCAGACCGCCAAGCUGGAGGGAGAACUGAAGGGGAAGGACAACCAGAUUCGCGACUUGCAGGCUGAGCUGGACAGGCUGCGUGCACAGCUGCAGCAGGCGUCUCAGCAGCAGAGCGCCGCCAUGGACGCCAAGAUCGGGCAGAUGGAGGGCGAGCUCGGGUCUCUACGGGGAGAGCUGUCCGCCAAGGCUAAGGAGUACCAGGACCUGCUGAACGCUAAGCUGAUGCUGGAGAAGACUCUCCGUGAGGCGGAGGAGAGGCACAGGAUGGAGCUACAGAGCCGGGAUGAUGCCCUGCGUGACCUGGAGAGGGAGAAAAAUGAGCAGAUCGCCCGUCUGGAGCUGGACCUGAGGGAGCUCCGUGCAGAGAUGGACGCCAAGCUGGCCAACUACAACGACCUGAUGAACGCCAAGCUGGCCCUGGAGAAGACACUGAGGGAGACAGAGGACAGGUGGGCAAUGCAAAUCCAACUGUACCAGAACGAGCUGCGGGACUCCAAAGCCAUGAUCUCUCAGCUGGAGGUCCAGGCGAGCAGCGCGUCGGCGGCGGCGGGGCUGGAGGAUGAGCUGGCCCGCCUGCGUGCUCAGUUCGAGGCCUGCAAGAACGAGCGCGACCAGUGCUUCCUGGACCGCGACAGCCUCAGGGCCCAGGUUGAUGCCGCCGCAUCUGCUGGAAGGAGACUCAAUCGUGGGGCUGGCGGUGCCGGCGGUGCCGGUGGUGCCGGCGGUGCUGGAGCCUCAAUGUUGACCAGCACAGUUACGCAGCAAUCGACCGUCGUUCAGGAGGUGUCCGUUCAAGGUUCCGGUGGGGCCAGUUAUGGUGCCAGAGGAGCCGUUUCAACUACAACCACCGCCGCUAGUGGUGUUGAUGAUUCCCGUGGUGCCAGUUAUGGUGCUAGUGGAUCCUAUUCAACUACAACCUCCGUUGUUAGCGCCUCUGGUGCCAUCCAAGGUGCCAGCGGGGCAGUUUCGACUUCUACCACUAGUGGUGCCUUUGGUGCCGGUGGUGCCUCGGGUGCCCUGUCGGCUUCAGCGUCUGGCGAGGCGAGUAGGAGGAAGAGUGGUUUCGUCAGGAUGACCUUCAAGGCUGACGACAUCCGCACCAUCCUCAUGCGCUACGCCUUCCACAUGACCUUCCGCCUGUCCAACAUGGCGCUGACGGAGCGUGGAGGCAAGCUGUACCUGGAGGAGAAGAGGGCAGAAAUCACGGACGACCAGCUGUGGAAUCUGAAGGAUGAUACCAUCAUCAGCAAGUCGGGCAACAUGGCCCUGGAAGUGUCCGGAGGACAGGCAAGGAAGAACGCAGAAGUCACACUGGCGAGGACGUCAGGGUCCACGGCUCAAAAGUGGGGGAUUGGCGCGGAUGGCCUUCUGACAACCGAGCUCGGCAACCUGGUUCUAGACGUGAAGGACGGCAAACUGGUGUUGAACGAUCGCGACAAGCUGAGCCGCCAGGACUGGGACCUGCAGAUCCACCAGUAAACACCCGCUAUGUCAACACAGCGAUCCCAGCAGUCACCGCGGCUAGUCACGUGACGAGAGAAACCUACCAUAGGUCAUAGGUCAAACUUAGAAAAGCAAAAUGGCGCCAGUAGAUCAGUAUCCACACAAGGAUUUGAUUUUUUUAGAACCUGAUAAAAAAAUUAUCGUAAGAAUAAGGUGACUAUUCCGGGGGGCAAAGUGAAAGGUGUAAGAAUUAUAUGAGCAAAGUAAACGGUGACAUUUUGGACUGGCUGUGUUAAUUCGGUGAUAACCUGCAGUUAUGUUGCUAUUUUUUUAAAUCUUCAUUCUACGGUAUAUUGCAUUCAAAAGAUAGAUUGUUUCAAAAUUUCAUACGGUGCAACUUUGGUGUUACUCUCAGAAAGAAUGUGAUAUGAUAUGAAUUGAUAUGGCUAAAUUUGUCAAGCUGUGGUGUUAUAUCAGAAAUAUUUGUCAUUGUUGCUAACAAAGCACAUGUUAAGAUAAUAAUAUUCAAUUUGAGCAAAACAAAAUGAUACGUGCCUUAUAAGCACCCGUUUCGGAAUGAAUAGCAAUAAAAUAUGGUUACGGGAA